UCUUCAUUCCGAAGUGAGUUGCUUGCCGUUGCGGACUAACCGACGCUGGGCACUGCGCUCUCGCUCUCGCUGCCUCCUGAUCGGUGCUCAACCAGGAACCCCCGCCGGCGACAUCGCGCAUCGCCAAUAACGCACCGUGCCAUGCCGUGGUGCCACUGAUACGCGAUACGUCAUCACCGCGUGCACGCCGAGCGCGUACUCGGUAAUUAAUUUAAUUAAAUUAGUUUUAUGCCGCGACAUCCGACCGCACGCGACUCCGCGACACGCGUACGCAAAGAUCGAUCGAUAUCGCGCGACAAGUGACUCCGAGUGCUGGAUAUCGAGAACCUUUCCUUUUCUCCUUUUUCCCCCCCAACUUGUACUUUUCUCCCAAUCUACUUUCUCCUUUUUAUCCUUUGCUCUCUCCUUUGAGAGAGAAUUCGUUCGAUUUAUCGAGUGUGUUUGAUGAGUGUCGUCGAAAGAUACUUUUAUCCAUCCUACCAAAGGAUCGAGGGAACUACCUAUUCACCGCCGCUUCGACAAGAGUUUUAAGGAUUUUUCAGUCCGUCUGUGGUUUCUUCCCUCGACGGCGAUUCUAGCCGACAUCACGAUGACUAUGGACGUGAGCAAAUCGGAGACGAAUAAAAAUGGCACCACGCAACAAGAAUGCGCUGGUUGCGGAAAGACGAUCACCGAUAGGUAUCUCCUCAAGGCCCUGGACCUCUACUGGCACGAAGACUGUUUGAAGUGCGGGUGCUGCGACUGUAGGUUAGGAGAAGUCGGAUCGACUCUAUUCACCAAGGCCAACCAUAUUCUCUGCAAGAGGGACUACUUCAGGCUGUUCGGGAAUACGGGCAACUGCGCGGCCUGCAAGAAACAGAUACCGCCGUACGAACUGGUCAUGAAGGCCAGGUCGAACGUAUAUCACCUGGACUGUUUUGCCUGUCAGCAGUGCACUUACCGGUUUUGCGUGGGCGAUCGAUUCUAUCUGUGCGAGAACAAAAUCCUCUGCGAGUACGACUACGAGGAGAUGCUCGCGUUCGCCAAUAUGUCGGUACAAACACCCGCCUCGCUGGCGUACAUCAAAAGGCAGCUACCCCCAACGCCGACACCGCCUGGCCAGAACAUGCAUCCGGGUCACAAUCCACAGCAAUCUCAUCAGGGACUUGGGCAGUCGGUGGGUCAACAUAAUCACGUGUCGAACGGUCAAAUGUCGGGGGGUACACCGACGGUGAACGGAACGGCCAUAGGCGUCGGUGGUCCCAGAGCUCCCGGGGAUAUGAACAACAACGGAUUGUCGGGUCCGGCUCUCGGACCGGUGAAGCCGCCGCCGAUGUCCGUGCAGGCGCCGACCAGCUGAAACGAGCUGUCGCCUCCCUCGAAGAAGCUCAGAUGUCUCAGCGGUUACUAAGACUGACGCUCCCCGGCGAAGCGAGGACGUCGACGAAGCAAAAACGAGGAACCCCCCGCGAGUGUAACGCGUUAAAGUAGGACCAGAGUGACGGAGGCCGAGACGAUUAUCGUGCCGCGUAAUCGAGUUCAAACGACUCGAUCCCCCGUCGAGAAUCUCGCGGACGCUUCCGAGCGAUCGAACGAACGUUUUCUGAGACUUUGUCGAGAGGUUGGGAAUAAUUACUGUGAUCGCGAAAACUAUGAACAAGUUUACGGAGAAUAUACAUAUAUCGAUGAUAGGACCGUAGACGCGUUACGCGUCCACGUACACGCAACAGGCGCACCAAGACGAAAUGGACACGAGGAAACGUGUACAGGCGCAUACCACGCGUUUUGUAAUAUACGGUACCGACAUGUAACGAUAAGAUAAACGAUUUAUGUAAGAUAUAUUUCUAGCGGCGGAGAGAAGCGAACGAUUAAACGCGAGCCUGAUGAAAAGUGUGUAAGAGAGCGUGCAUGUAAGUAGCAGAGUUUCCCUGUAAAUAUCCGUAUCGCGUCGACUCUGCGACCACGAAAGACUGUCAGUAUACGCAGACUCAUCGAUGAUUUCUAUGGUACUCGCGAUUCGUCGCUGUUCGAUGCUGCAACAGGCAAUCGAGAAGACGAAAGCAACGAGUAGGACCGGAGAAAGGAAAACUAGAAUCGUCGCGAUAGUUUUUCAUUUUUCUGGCCACUCGGUCAGAGAUCUAUAAGAAACAACUCGUUUCGACGUAUCUCGGGUAACGUCGAAAUCUCGAUAUACGAACCGAAAUCACGGGCAAACGUUUUACGAUGGCUGAUACCAAAGAUUAACGAUGUAAGUUUCGAUGACCCUCGAGAGCGAACCGAAGUUCCGAAUUUCGGAAUACCUUACGCAGUGAUAAUAACCGUAACAGGUGGCGAUUCUAUCGACUACGGUCGGAACAACAUCGACUGUCCGCUCAACAAGGCCAGUUCUCCCGUCCCGAAUCGAGGGAGUAAAACUAAAUUGUACCCGCAGAUCUGUGCAAAGCGACGACAGACGCAACGGUAGGAAUAAUGAAACAGCCUGGCAGGUCACUUUUUCGGUGACUAUGGGCGAGCAAUGGAAUUUGUUCCGACUUGUAGCAGGAAAAUCGUUCCGUCUCGCGUUCGAACUCUGAACGAAGCAGGUACGUUUUCAAUGCGCGUACGAUCGAACGCGCGAUAAAAGAGGGGCUUAUUCGUGGCUUUACGCUUUAAUGCCAAAAACAAACAAAAAAGAAAGAGGCAUAGGGGAGAAAAGGGUGAGACACAUAUACCAAAAGACAGACGGCUAUCCGAUAAUUGAUGCGUGCGCUGAUAAAGGAUCUGUUCCGAAUCGAUUCGAAGCCUUGCCGCGACGAUCGUGGAAAGUUUCCCUGGACGAGAAAACAAGCCGUCGUUUUAUCUUUUCUCUCCAUUCGCGCUGAUCUCAAAUCCGUUCCACCUUUCGACCCAGGGAAUCUUUUCACGAGACGCAACGCGAUUCGACCACUGUAAAUUAUUCAAAAUUCCAAGGCAAAUUCGAAUCCACCGUAUCGAUUAAGUACAAAGAGGUUGCAAAGAGGAUGCUGUAAAAAAGAGUUAGCGUAGCAGCAACAAGAGACAGAGAGAGAGAGAGAGAGAGAGAGAGAGAGAGAGAGUGUGUGCGCGCGCGAGUGAGAGCGAGAGAGAAAAAGUACAUACUAUUAAAUCGCGCUCUAACACGGAAGAGUCGAACUCUUACCUCUUUUUUUUAUCCAUCUGUAUAUAAAUAUCAUUUAUUAGCGCACUACUAACAUAUUUACGAAUCGCCUCGCUAGGGGCUCCCAUUACUA